UUGCCGAGACGCCCAGGGGCGGCCGGGCGCACAGGAAGGCCGCGACCCGCGGAUUAGAAAAAGCAGGCGCGCUUCGGGGAGGAUAGUAACUAGGAUAGACGGAGCGAGGAGGAGAAAUGGCCAGGAGGGCCCCGCCCCGCCCCCGCGGAGGGUGGGAGGCCCCCCGGGGUAGGGAUCCGAGCUGCGUGGCCUUUCUCAGGGUCAAGCCUGCGGAGGUUCAGGGACGGGAGGAUGGGUGGGGGGGUGAGGCGUAGAGGGAAGGGUGUGGAAGGCAGCAGGAGCAACCCUGGGUGGGAGGACAGGAGUGGGAGCAUGUGGGAAUCCGGAUCUGGAUCCAGAGCCUCCAACUCUGCCACAGGGUAAAAAAGUUGAGGAUUAAUAUUUGCUACGAAUGUUGGACGGAGAUGCUUCUCUGACACUUCAUCAGACUUCUCCCAUUUGGGGGCAAGGGGGGGGGGGAAAAAAAGGAGUAAGUCAGUGCAUUGGCCGGGAAUCGAACCCGGGCCUCCCGCGUGGCAGGCGAGAAUUCUACCACUGAACCACCAAUGCAAGUAGUAACUGUCUUCUUGGUGGCCCUACCUGAGCUUGAGGACACUGGUCCAGCAGAAGGUAUAGGCCCAGGGCUCAGCAAAGGAGUGCUCCCAGGAGCUGACGUGGGUGGAGCGCCAGGCCAUUCUUCCUCCCGCCCGGAUCCGGCCACCCGGCCAUAAAGUCGCCCCAUAUGGCCAGGGGCGGCCCCACACCCGGGUGCGAACAGCCCGGGGCCCCAAGCCUCGCGUGCAGGAAGACUGCCGGCCCCUUGCCCCACUGUGGGCGGGAGGGGUCCCCAGGAGCAAGUUGCCGGAGCUCUACUGGUGUCAGGUGUCCUGGAAGCCAUUGGCCUGAAUCUUCUAGAAUUAGUUUUGAAUCAAAUACUUCAAUCAACAACAACAACAACAACAACAAACAAACAAAAAAAACCAAAUACUUCUACGUGGGGAGAUGUCCCCACGUCCUGCCCAGGCUUCAAAGCCUUGCUUCCUCUUCCCUGAGGGCCCGUCCCCCUACUCCCCCGUGCAGCCACCCGUCAGUAUGACCCUUUCCCCAGCACCUAAUUCACUCUGCUUCUAUACUGGCGACUUGAUGUCACAUCGUCUUUUCCACUAGAUCCUGGAGAGCUAAGCUGGGCAUCUGGUGCAUAUGUCAGUAUGAACCACCCCAGCCUAGACCAGUGCGCGCAGUGUUGGGGGAAUAGAAGAAGAUUCACUUAGAUGGAGCCAAUGGGCUUGUUCACCUCCGGACAGACAGAGCCUCAGUUGAAUUAGAUUUCACCCAGCACAUUCAGAUGACACCCUUACCCAAUUAGGAGGGCCGCCAACUCAGAGCCCGCACCUUGCGGCCCACGUGUCUGGGCGCAAAGAGGGGCCCCCAAAGUUCUCCACUGAGACAGAGACUGCACCAGGCGGAGACGUAGAGAGAAAAGAGAAGGAGAGACACAGAGAGGGGAGGAGGGAGGACGAGACGAGACCCGGGAAAGAGGAGGCGAGCUACAGGCAUUGAUUGACCCUAGGGGCGUCGGGAGGGGGAGCGGAGAGGGAUCCCCGAGGGGCCCGGCCUUAGGCUCCGGUGGGGGCGGAGGCGGGACUAUCCCAGCCGCGGGACCCGAAGGCCGGCGCGGCCGCGCUGAGCCCCGGUCCGGUCGGCCCGCUCUUCCUUUCCUGCUGGUCGCAGAUGCUGAAGCCGCUGGUGGAGAAGCGGCGCCGGGACCGCAUCAACCGCAGCCUGGAAGAGCUGAGGCUGCUGCUGCUGGAGCGGACCCGGGACCAGAACCUCCGCAACCCGAAGCUGGAGAAAGCAGAGAUACUGGAGUUCGCCGUGGGCUACUUGAGGGAGCCGAGCCGGGUGGAGCCCCCGGGGGUUCCCCGGUCCCCAGCUCAGGACGCCGAGGCGCUCGCCAGCUGCUACUUGUCCGGCUUCCGCGAGUGCCUGCUUCGCCUGGCGGCCUUCGCGCACGACGCCAGCCCGGCCGCCCGCGCCCAGCUCUUCUCCGCGCUGCACGGCUACCUGCGCCCCAAGCCGCCCCGGCCGGAGCCGGUAGAUCCGAGGCCCCAAGCGCCUCGCCCUCCGCUGGACCCCGCCGCCCCGGCGCCCGGCCCCGCGCUGCACCAGCGCCCCCCAGUGCACCAGGGCCCCCGUAGCCCGCGCUGCGCCUGGUCCCCGUCCCCCUGCUCGCCCCGCGCCGGGGAUCCCGGCGUGCCGGCGCCCCUCACCGGACUGCUGCCGCCGCCGCCGCCGCACAGACAAGACGGGGCGCCCAAGGCCCCGCCGCCCCCGCCACCCGCUUUCUGGAGACCUUGGCCCUGA